AUGUUGGAUUUCUUUAGUGUUUUCAGUAAAGGUGGAAUUGUUCUUUGGUGUUUCCAAGGAACAUCUCAACUUUUUACUCCCUCUGUCAACGCUCUGAUCAAGAGUGUGAUUCUCCAGGAGAGAAGUGGUAGUAAUACAUUUAAUCACGAUAAAUUGAUAUUAAAAUACAAACUUGAUAAUGAGUUUGAGUUGGUGUUUGUGGUAGCGUAUCAGAAUAUAGCCAAGUUAUCGUAUGUUGAUAAAUUUUUAACUGAUAUACAAAUUGAGUUUAGAAAUAGAUAUAAAAAUGUCUUACAACAUAAAGAUUAUUCUGCGAAUUUUGAUUUUAAUGAUUCAUUCCAUGGAUUGCUUCGACUUCGGGAGAGAGAGAGUGAAGAGGAGGCCAGAAAGCCUAAACAAAUGAAAACAUAUGAAGAAUCCAACAAAUCUAAGAAAAGUGUAUCAUCUAUGAUAGAAAAUAAAAAAGAUAAUAAUAAAAAACCUGCUAAAGGAAAGGAGAAAAAUAGUAAAUCGGUGCCGAGUGUAGUAGAGAGUGCUAAGACUAAUGGAACAGUAGAUACUAGUAAUAAUAAUAAUAUUAAUAAUUCCUCUACCUCGACUACUAAUACUAAUGGAGAACUUGACGAGGAGACAAUCAUGAAAAAUAGAAUGAAACUAUUUAAUAAGGGCAAGAAACCAAAGUCUGAAAGUCCUAAAAGCCCUAAAGUAGAAGAAAAGAAGAAAGGUAAAAAAGCCACGAAGUGGGAUAUGGGGGGAACCAGUAAAGAUUUUGCUGAGUUAGAUUACUGUGUACCUAAUGAAAACGGUCAACAAGAUGAAACUAUAGCUCCAUCAGAGGCUGAGGUUGCUCUUGUUGGUAAGAUGUCAGGUAGUCUACAGGAUAUAGAGGUUGAAUCUAAUAAAUCUGGAGGGUUUGGAAUGUUUAACAUGUUUAAAAACCUGGUAGGAUCUAAAGCUUUAACUAAAGAAGAUGUAGCACCAGCUUUAGACAAGAUGAGGGACCAUCUUAUUGCUAAAAAUGUGGCAGCAGAUAUUGCUCAGAAUCUGUGUGACUCUGUUGCUGUAAAAUUGGAAGGAAAAGUUCUGGGAACUUUCAGUAGAAUAACUACGACUGUAAAGGCGACUCUACAAGAUUCCUGUGUCCAGUUAUUGGCUCCUAAGAGACGUAUUGACAUUCUACGUGAUGCUAUGGACUGUCGCAGUAAAAAACGACCCUAUGUUAUCACUUUCUGUGGAGUCAAUGGGGUUGGAAAAUCAACUAAUUUAGCCAAGAUCUGUUUUUGGUUGAUUGAGAAUGGAUUCCGUGUAUUGAUAGCAGCUUGUGAUACAUUUAGAGCAGGAGCUGUUGAACAGCUGAGAACUCAUGUUCGUAAACUGAACUCCCUUCACCCACCGGAGGCCCACAAUGGUCAGAGAAUGGUAGAACUGUAUGAGAAGGGAUAUGGGAAGGAUGCUGCUGGUAUAGCUCUAGAGGCCAUUAACCAUGCUCGUGACCGAAGAAUAGAUGUUGUAUUGGUUGAUACCGCUGGUAGGAUGCAGGAUAAUGAACCAUUGAUGAGAGCUCUAGCCAAGCUUAUAAAAUUGAACCAACCUGAUCUAGUUCUGUUUGUGGGUGAAGCCCUAGUGGGAAAUGAGGCUGUAGACCAAUUGACCAGGUUUAACCAGGCGCUGGCAGAUCAUUCUAAUAUGACAGACCCACGACUGAUUGAUGGUAUAAUACUCAGUAAAUUUGAUACCAUUGAUGAUAAGGUUGGAGCAGCUAUAUCUAUGACCUAUACAACAGGACAGCCAAUAGUAUUUGUUGGUACUGGGCAGACGUACACUGAUCUCCGUAAUCUGAAUGCCAAGGCUGUUGUCAAUGCCCUUCUCAAGGCUUAA